CACAUUUUAACACGCGACAAGUGCGUGUGUGUGUGUGUGAGAGAGAGAGUGAGUGCAUGAGGGCAUGAGAGCUGUGCUUGUCCAAUUUGAUUGUGUUGUUGUGUGUCUUCGUGGAAGCUGCUCUGCAAGAGAUUCUGAGUGCGUGGGUGUGUUUGGUCUCUGCAUUGCAGCAGAAAAGCCGCAAAAGCUGAAGUAGUGCAGAAGCAGAAGCAGCGCAGCGGCAGCAUUAUUUUCCCUGUCUAACCAAAACGCCAACGCACUAACACUACACCAAAAUCCACGGUAAAUUCAUCAUAAUGUCCUACACGGAGUUGGAGUCAGGAUACCAGGACUUGCGUCAAUCGAGCCAGUCUGAGAAUGGGCAGCAGCAGACGCAGCAGCAUCGCGUCGGCUUCUAUUUGGGUCAGGAUGGAAAUGGCGACACGGACUUCGGGGAAAGCAAUGACGGCAUGGACUCCGACACAAGCACCUCCUCCAGCAACAGCAAGCAGGUGAUGGUCGGCAUCUGUGCAAUGGCCAAGAAGACGCAGUCGAAGCCGAUGAAGGAGAUCCUCACGCGGCUCGGCGAGUUCGAGUUCAUCAAGCUGGUCACGUUCGAGGAGAACGUGAUACUACGCGAACCUGUCCAGAACUGGCCCACCUGUGACUGCCUGGUCUCGUUCCACUCGAAGGGAUUCCCCCUGGAGAAGGCCAUCGAGUACGCCCAGCUGCGUAAUCCGUUUGUCCUCAAUAACCUUCACAUGCAGUACGACAUCCAGGACAGGCGGCGGGUCUAUGCCAUACUCGAGAAGGAGGGCAUCGAGAUACCACGCUAUGCGGUCCUCGAUCGCGACUCUCCCGAUCCCAAGCAUCACGAGCUGAUAGAAUCUGAGGACCACGUGGAGGUCAAUGGCAUCACCUUCAAUAAGCCGUUCGUAGAGAAGCCAGUCUCGGCGGAGGACCACAACAUCUACAUCUACUACCCGACCUCGGCGGGGGGUGGAAGCCAGCGUUUGUUUCGUAAGAUCGGCAGUAGGAGCAGUGUCUAUUCGCCGGAGUCGCGGGUACGCAAGACGGGCUCAUUUAUCUACGAGGACUUCAUGCCCACCGAUGGCACCGACGUGAAGGUCUACACCGUGGGACCGGAUUACGCGCAUGCGGAGGCCCGUAAGAGUCCUGCGCUAGACGGCAAGGUGGAGCGUGACAGCGAGGGCAAGGAGAUCCGCUACCCUGUGAUCCUCAAUCACUCCGAGAAGCUAAUUUCCCGCAAGGUAUGUCUGGCCUUCAAGCAGACGGUCUGCGGCUUCGAUCUCCUGCGGGCAAAUGGCAAGAGCUACGUGUGCGAUGUGAACGGCUUCAGUUUCGUGAAGAACUCAAACAAAUACUACGAUGACUGCGCCAAGAUCCUGGGCAAUAUGAUCCUCAGGGAAUUGACGCCCACGCUGCACAUUCCCUGGUCGGUGCCCUUCCAACUGGAUGAUCCGCCCAUCGUCCCCACCACCUUUGGCAAGAUGAUGGAGCUGCGUUGCGUGGUGGCCGUGAUCCGGCAUGGGGAUCGCACGCCCAAGCAAAAGAUGAAAGUCGAAGUGCGGCAUCCAAAGUUCUUUGAGAUUUUCGAGAAGUACGAUGGCUACAAGCUGGGCCAUGUGAAGCUGAAGCGGCCCAAGCAGCUGCAGGAGAUCCUCGACAUAGCCCGCUUCUUGCUCAGCGAGAUACACACCAAGGCACACGCGGAGAUCGAGGAGAAGGAGAGCAAGCUGGAGCAGCUGAAGAACGUCCUGGAGAUGUACGGCCACUUCUCGGGCAUCAAUCGAAAGGUGCAGAUGAAGUACCAGCCCAAGGGACGACCCCGCGGAUCGAGCUCCGACGACACCAAUCUUCCAGCGGAAUCCCCUGCAGAACCGUCCCUGGUACUCAUCCUCAAGUGGGGUGGCGAGCUAACGCCGGCCGGACGCAUCCAGGCCGAGGAACUGGGCCGCAUUUUCCGCUGCAUGUAUCCAGGAGGUCAGGGACGAUCCGAUUACUCGGGCACCCAGGGAUUGGGUCUACUACGCCUGCACUCCACCUUUCGGCAUGACCUGAAGAUUUAUGCCUCGGACGAGGGUCGUGUCCAGAUGACAGCGGCUGCCUUUGCCAAGGGUCUGCUGGCCCUCGAGGGAGAGCUGACUCCCAUUCUGGUGCAGAUGGUUAAGAGCGCCAACACGAAUGGGCUGUUGGACAACGAUUGCGACUCCAGUAAAUAUCAAAAUCGGGCCAAGGGUCGCCUACACGAGCUAAUGCAAAACGACCGCGAGUUUACAAAGGAGGAUCGCGAGCAUAUCAAUCCGUGCAACAGCAAAUCGAUUACUCAGGCCCUGGACUUUGUGAAGAAUCCAGUAGACUGCUGUCACCAUGUGCACCUGCUGAUCCGCGAGCUGCUGCACAUAAUCAGCAUUAAGAAAGACGAUCCCAAGACCAAGGACGCCAUACUGUACCAUGGCGAAACCUGGGACCUGAUGCGGUGCCGCUGGGAGAAGAUCGAGAAGGACUUCAGUACGAAAUCAAAGCUCUUUGACAUCUCCAAGAUACCAGACAUCUACGACUGCAUCAAAUAUGAUCUGCAGCACAACCAGCACACGCUGCAGUACGACCAGGCCGAAGAGCUCUAUAUCUAUGCCAAGAACCUGGCCGACAUUGUCAUACCGCAGGAGUACGGUCUGACGCCACAGGAGAAGCUGGCCAUUGGGCAGGGUAUCUGCUCGCCGCUGCUGCGCAAGAUCAAAGGUGAUCUGCAGCGGAACAUCGAUGAGGUCGAGGACGAGUUUAUGAACCGUCUGAACCCACACUACAGCCACGGCGUGGCCAGUCCCCAGCGUCACGUCCGCACCCGGCUGUACUUCACCAGCGAGUCCCAUGUCCACUCCCUGCUCACCGUACUCCGGUACGGUGGCCUUCUUAACGUGGUCACCGACGAGCAGUGGCGCCGCGCCAUGGACUACAUCUCCAUGGUGUCCGAGCUGAAUUACAUGUCCCAGAUCGUCAUCAUGCUGUACGAGGAUCCCACCAAGGAUCCCACCUCCGAGGAGCGUUUCCACGUCGAGCUCCACUUUAGUCCGGGCGUCAACUGUUGCGUCCAAAAGAACCUGCCGCCAGGGCCCGGGUUCCGGCCCCACUCCCACGGCGACAAUGCCUGCAACGUGAGCAUGCAGUCCUCGGACGAGGCGAAUCCUGCCCGAAUCGAGGAGGAGAACGACAACUCCGGCGAGGAGCAGAACACCAAAAAGGCAGGGGUUAGUCCACACAUAUCCGCUUCUGGCUCCAGCAGCAAUAUUUUCAAUGCCGGCUUCAACCGGCUGGAGCUGCGCACCAAACAUCUCAAGUCGAAGCCCAUUCCUAUCGGCUCGCACCACACGGUAAGCGGGCACGAGGCGAUGGAUCUGGCGAAGCGGCUCAACGAGGAGCUCGCCUCCCAGCAGCACCAGCUCUCCCAUCAGCAGCAACAGCAACAGCAACAGCAACAGCAGCAGCAACAGCAGCAGCAGCAGCAAUUGCGCCCCAUCAGCCCCGAUAUGCGGGCAGUUAGUCCGGACUGCGAGCCGCGAUCCCGCAGCUUCGAGCAGCGUCCCACCGCCGGAAACUGUUGCAAGGAGACGGGUAUGUAUACGAGGAUCGGGGACAACUCCAAUAUCACUCCUUACUCGAGCUUCGGAGAGAUAGAUCAUGCCCGGGUCGGCACCGGAGAAGGGGCUUCCAAGGGGGGCAAUCGCACGGCCUUCCAGAUCCGCGUCACGGACAGUCUGUCCUUUUUUAAGAUCGACUCGUCCACGAACGAGCUUCCCCUGUCUGACAUUGAUUUCUCUUUGAACCCGGGUACACCCCAGUGCGGCCCGGCUUCGCACAAGCGACUCCACGUACUGACCAUGCGCCGCAUGGAGAGCUGCGAUGAGCCGGAUGACCUGAAGGCGGGUCGCGAGGUGCCCCAGCACCUGCAGCAUCUGCCCCAGAUCUCGCCGCUGGCCACAAACGAACGACCACUUAGCUGCAAUUGCACCAGCUCUUCGCCCCUGGCGCUCCAUUCCCAGGCCCACUCACACUCAAAGAGUCUGAUGGAUCUCGGCCAGGCUGUGGGCAGCACCGAGGUGGCACACAGCCCGGCGACGGGCACCGAGCGAGCAGAUGCCAUCGAAGUCGGUGGCAGCAGCUUCGACGAUGACUUCCAGCUCUCUAGCUCGGCUCCGGCUUGCCUGAUGACCGUCCCAUACGGGCGGCGACUUCCUGCUCCGGCAGCUCUCUCGCCCAUGAGCCAUGCCACCACCUCGCCCACCGCCUCUACACUGAGGCUGUGCAAGGACAUGGACGAGACCCAUUCAAAGGCACCAGCUGCCGCUAGUGCUGCCUCCAGUUCUGGCCACCGCAGGGCCACCAGCCACUCGUGUGGCCAGCUCUCGGUGUUACCCAGCUCGGCGCCAGUUCUCCAGGAGAAUCCCCUUCGCUUUUUGGCCUGCUCGGUGCCAGCUCCGCCUGGCGGGUGUUUUGUGAGCUGCUUCGAAUCCAUAGCCGAGAAUGUCAGUCCCAAUCUGAAUCCAACAACCACACCCACACCCGAUCCCGAACCACCAAAUCAAACCACUAUUUUACCCAAUGAAAGACCGUCAGAACAACAGCCACAGAUACAGCCACAGCCUCUGGUGGUCUACAAUCUGCCCACUUUGCUUGUUACUGCCACAGCAAGCCGAACAGAACUUAAACCAAUAACUACACCGACAAUUACACCAACUCUAGCUAUAACAACAACAACAAACAGAACAACAACAACAAUAGCAACUUUGUUCAAUAAUAAUACAGCAACAAUGUCUUCUAAUCAAACAUUUACUAACCAAUUCAAAUCGAUCGAUCCUUCCUCCUCUGACGCACACCAACACCAACACCAACAUGAAUACGCAAUCUCAUCAAUACCAACGUCAACAACAACUAACACCAACACCAAUAACAACACCACCACCAACACUGAUACAAACACAACAACUACCACGACCACCCCGUCUUGUUGUACCAAUACCAUCGCCACAGAUAGCACAGUUUCGGUGUCGGUAUCGGCCUCGGCCUCAUCGGCCAACUCGUCAACAUCAUCGCGUCGCCAAAGACACAGUAUUGCCGGCCAGAUGUCCUAUAUGAAAAUGUUGGGUUUCGGUGGUUUUAGCAAAAAGAUGGCCACCAGCGCUAAUAGCCUUUUCAGCACGGCAGUGAUAAGCGGUAGCUCAUCUGCCCCCAAUCUGCGGGACAUGAUACCGGUCUCGUCUUCCGGAUUUGGCGAUGUACCACCAAUACGGCCCCUCGAAACGCUCCACAAUGCUCUGUCGCUGCGCAAGCUGGACUGUUUCCUGCAGGACAUGAUCCUGGCGCAGAUAUUCAAGACACCAACGGGCUCUCCGCCGCGCGUCCUCGACCACGGCACUAUGCCGGCCGUCUCUUCAAUGACGCUCGCUGCACAUGUGGAUGUCGCCGCUUCAGUCGGUCAAGGCAUUGUCGGCGCUGGGGACAACCCGAGCACGCCGACUGGGGUGAUGGUGAAAGUGGAUCACUCGCCCCUCAGUGUGACCUUCCAAGGAGGCUGUAGCGAAUCGGGCUCGAUUAACGGGCUCUCGGAACGACACCAGGAGAAUAAGCUUCUCUCAGAAUUGGCGAUAGAAGAGCUAAAUAAAAUCCAGGAUGCGGAUGAUCGGAGGCAGUGCCGAACCUUUUUGGCCGCCAAAAAAGAGCAAAUCUGGCAGCAGCAGCAGGAGAGCCUCCAGGCAGCCGUGGCGGAUGAGGAACCACAAUCCGAACCAGAGCUGAAGCAGCUGCUAUUCGAUCAUUUUUCCGCACCCAUCACGCCAUUUGCGGAACUUGAGGGACAAACGCCAGAUAUCUACCUGAAUGUAAGUGGACAGACGCACAGCCUCACAGAAUGCCACCCUCCCUUGAGUGGCGUGGGGAUGAGCAUGUCCGGAGAAGGUCUUUUCUUCGGCGCCUGCGGGGAGAGGGAUAACGCCAUCAACUGCCUCACCCCCCUGAGCUUUGGCAUGGACCUUGACCUGAGCAUGGUGGCAAACAGGGGCUCCAUGACGCUCUCCAUGGAUGGCUUCGAAGAUGACGAGGAUGCCACCCUUUCGGCAGCCACUACUCCAUCACUGCCACCUGAUGGGGAGCCCAAUCUGGCGAUUUGCCACUGCUGUCCCAGUCACGCCGAGGCUCCGCCGGACGUGGCCAGCGAUGAUCCUCGCUUCGGUUUCUCCCUGCCCGUCCACAUCCAGCAGCCGUCGCCGGAACACACUCGUCCUCCAGUGCGCCGUUCUCACGAUCCAGUCUCACCGCGCAUCCAGAAGCAGAUCAGCGUCUUCGAGGGCACAGGGCAGCCGGAAAAGGACGGAGCGGCACUGCACGCUUCCAUCAAUCUACCGGCUGCCGCCCAGCAGCUGCGCCAGGAUGCCCGCCUGCGAAAGUUUGAGAACCUCACUCAGUCCACCUCCAACUCGAACUUUCCCUUCGAGAGCAACACCUUGAAGCGCGCACCUAUGCAGGCCACGGGCGACUAUGCAAACGUGUCCCACACCCAGAGUUGUAUCAACCUAAAGAGCACCAGUGGAUCACCGCAGCACCAGAAAGGAGCCGCAGCCGGAGCUGUACCAGGACCAGCAUCAGCAGCAGUACCAGCAGCAGCAGCAGGAACAAACCGGGAUCGGCUACGGGGAGGUGGAACAGGGCACUUUGGGCGACUGCCCAGUGCACUAUCCGCCUGCCACUCAGCCUCGGCAUCCCCCUCGCCAUCACCAUCACCAUCUCCUCGACCGGGGGCGUUGAUCGUGAAAGAGCGGUUCAUAGAACCGCCCAAGCGAGGCAUUGUGCGGGGCUAUCACCCUAAGACUCAGUCCAUGGACGCGGACUUUUUGUUCAACGAGUUCCUGCUUUUGCCGGCUAACGCUCCCGCUAAUCUUUCGUUCGAUUGCAGCGACACCGAGUUCGAAACCGAUACCGAGGUCGCUGUCGGUGCCGAUAUCGAUGCUGGGACCGAUGCAGGAGGCGAUGCCGAUCGCAAUGACCGCGACGAUAACGAGCAACCCUCGACCUCGUCUAGGAGGAACCCUUAGCUCUCAACUCUUUGCACUCGCAUUUGCACUCGCAGUCUCACUUUAAGCUAAAUAUUUCUCCGGCGCGUAAACGUAAACGUUAUUGAAUUCUUAAUCUUAAUUGUACUUGUUGUUGUUGUUGGGCCAAGCAAAUAAAACUAUCCGGCAAAUGUA